UUAAGUUUACCAGGGGCAUGCAAAACCUCAAACAUAUUUCUUUCUAGACAUCCCACACUACUACUUGAUCUCCAAGCGAGCAGCUCAAUCAAUUGAUUAAUAUGGAACUGAUAGACAGUCUCUGUGAGUUGGAGAGUCUCGGCGCCAGUCAUCAUCAUGGAAUCAUGGCUCUCUCCACUGACAGCUUUACUCCUCAUCAUCAUCAUGAUCAGCAACAACCUCAAGUCCCUGCAGCUAUGAACUUCAGCACUGAUCGCAGUCAUGAUAUUCAGAGAUUUUCUCAUUCUCAUGAUCGAAAUGAUGAUGAUCAUCAUCAUGUCCUAACUGCUCAAUCAACAGCUGCAGAUUUUGGCGAACAAAGCCAAAUGGAAAAGCCAUUGGGAGGAAGAAAGAGAAAGAGAAGCAAUAGUGAUAAAGAUAUGGACAAACCAAAGGAGGUCAUUCAUGUGAGAGCUAAGCGAGGCCAAGCUACUGAUAGCCACAGUUUGGCAGAAAGGGUAAGAAGAGAAAAAAUAAAUGAAAGGCUGAGAUGCCUGCAAAAUCUUGUUCCAGGGUGCUAUAAGACAAUGGGAAUGGCAGUAAUGCUGGAUGUGGUUAUCAGUUACGUUCAGUCACUGCAGAAUCAAAUUGAGUUUCUCUCUAUGAAGCUUUCUGCAGCAAGCUUGUAUUAUGAUUUCAAUUCACCAGGUCAUGCAGAUCCUGUUGACACAACGCAGGGGACAAAUGCAUAUGAGGUACAAGAGAAUAUGGUAAGAUCAGAGCAAGGGUAUGGAGGAGGAGGAGGACUUUCUUUUAGCCAAUCAACAUCGUGGCCUCUUUGAGUUCAACUUUCAGUUCCCAUAACGUUAAUCAAGCUAGCACACAACAUACAAUGUCAUCUCUCUUCGUACCACAAUAAAAAUUUCCUCUUUCAUAUAUAUAUAUAUAUAUAUAUAUAUAUAUAUAUAUGAAUCUAGCUUGUUCCACAGUACGUACCUUUACAUUCUGAUAAAUAUCACAGUACUAGUAUAAGAGAAGCUUGAAGACUGUCAGUGUUAUAUCAGUAUAUAUCAUCAUCUAUAUAUUAACAUU